CGGGGGCAGUGCCGGCUUCCCCAAGAUGGCGGCGCCCAGUUGUCCCUGAGCUGGGAGUAGGUGACUGCUGCCCGAGUCCGUGUCGGGCACUGGCUCCCCAUGGCGCUGAACAGCCGCCGCUGCCUGCUGCUGGCGGCCGGCAGGUUCCAGGCAGGUGGAGCGGGUCCUUCUUUUGCAUCAACUACAAGCAGUCCCAAAACUGAGACUGAAGUGGACACAAGUGAAAAUGAGAUCGUUGCCCCAGACUUUACAAACAGGAAUCCUCGGAACUUGGAGCAGUUGGCCCUUGCUAGGAAGGAGCGUGGCUGGAAGACAACAUGGCCAAAGCGUGAAUUCUGGCAUAGGUUACGUCUUGAGCGGACACAGCAUUAUGUAGAAGCCUUUGUUGAGCGCUGUAAUGGGGAUGUUGUGGUAUCUGCCUCUACCCGAGAAUGGGCCAUAAAGAAAUACCUGUACAGUCCCAAGGGAGUAACAGCAUGCAAAAACCUUGGUCGUGUAAUGGCACAGCGCUGUUUAGAAGCAGGAAUCAACUUUGUGAACUUUAAAGCUGUUAUCCCCUGGGAACGUCGUUGUGAUUCGAUUAAGGAGUUUGAAAAAGCUAUGGAGGAGGGUGGUGUUGUUCUGCGUGAACCCCGAAGAAUCUAUCAGUAAAUUGGAGACCCCGAGGAAAAGAUUCAAAGGAAUAGUGAUCGCUGCUUUAGGUGCGUAUAGAAGGACAGUGAAGGCCCAGCACUGGAGAAACUUGGAACUUAGAAUAAAAUGUUUCUCAAUGCA